UGAUUAUGUUUAUUGUCAACUUCAUAAAUUAAUACAAUUCUUGAUCUUUAACCAUUUCCCAUUUCAUUCCUUUAAAGUAGGGACACCCCUUUGAGCUUGUCAACACAAACACUUUCUGAAAGUUGCAUUGUUCUUUACAAAAUCAGCAAUAAAGCUGUAAUCUGUCGCAAUAUAAUCUCACUGCCUAUUAAAAAGCAAAAGCACCUUUUCACAUCAAAUCAGCCGGGCAAUUGUUUCCGUUUGGGAAAUUACAGAACUACAGGCAACAAAUGUCUGACAAUUUUAUGGAAACCAGAUUGACCCUUGGAGUCCCUAACUAGCAAUCUGUCCAAUUCCUAAAUACUAGAAGUUAAAAGCGUGACAAAAAUCAAGAGUAGUCAAAAGCUUAAAUUUAGAGGAUGGGGGGUGGGACUCAUACAGUAUAUGCUACUGAAGUUAAAGUGAAAAAGAAAUGCCACUUUUAGAAAAAUAUUACCAGACUGCAUCCGGGUAUCUUCUUCACUGUCACAACAGACUUGUGCACAAAUGUCAUGACAAAACACAAAGGCAAUACUUCAGUAAUUGAAUCCGUGACGGGUAUAAGACAAAUCCUAUACCAGAACAAUUAAUUUGUAUAAAUCUGAAGAGUUGUCUGGUCUCUGUGGAAUAUAACUCAGUUGUCAUUUCAGACUGUUUUGCAGUUAAGAACCCCAAAAAAACCCAUUAGGUGUUCAAAGAGCUUAAAGAGAAUAUAUCUGGUGUUUGCAUGGCAUUUAGCUUUUCUGUAACCUCUAGCUGAAAGUUGUUUCACGAAGAAAGGCACUGCAUUUUAAAUUAAAUUAUGUUACUAAACACCCCAUCAAAUCCAGUUUGCCUAUAUGAAAUACCUAACAUGAAAUAUAUGUGGGCCCUCUUUUUAUGAACACAAAGGGUUAAAGGGAGAUGCAUUACCAGCAUACCAAACGUUUACGUACAAUUUUAUUUAAGGACUCUAUGAGAGAUAAGUUUAUUAGAUAUUCAUUAUUCAUACCAGUAAUGCCCUUUAAGUGUUGCAGCAUAUAUUUUACUCAAUAUUCAUCACACACUCACAUAAAGAAUACAUAAAAUCAGAAAUAUAUCGAUUAGCUAUAGACUUUUACUGAGAUGUAUUAUAUAUUAGAAAGACGUUGCACUCUCGUUAACAUUGCGCCCAUGCAAUAAAUCAACAUAACACGACCGUUUUCUGCAAAAAAUGAUCAACACCCACUUUAAAUUGCUACUAAGUUUCUUAAGUGUUUCUUAUAUAAAGUAUGACUAAACGCAAGAGCUGUGUGGUCAAGUAUGUCAUAUCUACAUUGCUUAUAUAUUAUAAUAAAGGAUUAUUAUUAAUUAUGCUUCAGCCCAUGUUUAACGCACAUUACCAAGUUAAACGUUAAAUACACUAAAACAUUGAAUCACAUUUAAUUAGCAAAUAGUGGGUAUAUACUGUAUAUAUAAAACAGGUUAGUAUAAACGCGAACGUUUGGUCAGAUAGAACUGCCUUACAAACCCUCUGCAACAUUUCAAAGAAAGAAUAUGGCAUUUUUGCAGAAAAGUAACCUUAACUCAAGUGUACGUAUUAAAUUAAGUUAAGCACUCAUAUUUACAGUAUGUUUAGGGACCUCCGAUAAGCGUAAGAUAUUAACACUUUAGCCUAAACAGCAGGACUCAACUAGCAUAUACUGUUUAUACAUAAAAACUAGUCAGUGUCCCAUUUACUUUAAUUUAAAAAUAAAGAAUAAUUUCAUACCACAUCGAAAUGAGUUCUGGGCAGCUGCAAGACAUUACAUGCUUGAUUUAAGGGGACACAGAACCCCUUUUAGAAAGAAUAGCCUGCACCGAUAUUUAAGUAGGUCGUUUUCUCUGAAACUGUUCUAAAAGCUGUUCUUAAAACCCUCUAGAUUAGGCUUUCUCAUUUCUGAGAUUUCGUAUCGUAUGUUUCGUACAUGUUUAUUAAUAUCAGCCUGCUUUGUAGCCCGUAUUUUGCAAGAAGGCUCAUAUUCAGGUAGCUUUUCCUGACACCGAGACGUUAAUACUCCCUUUGAAACCGCCAGUACGAACCAGGUCUACGCGCAAUCUUACUCUUUACUCAGUAGACUACGUUCUCAUUUUUAAUAUUCGUAGACGGCAUUUACAACUUUCCCCGUCGUAUCCCCAUAACACAUAUUUAUAUACUCUCCUAUCUUCAUAAUCUCCAAACUUUAGCUUUCCAUAUUCAUAAAUCUUCAAAAAGAAACCCAGGACUUGUUUGACAAAUACCGGUAAAUAAACUAACCUUGACCGGCAAAUAUUUUCCCCCACUGCUGAGAUUUUUCUCCGAUGCUCAACUUCCUCUCCGAUCCUUUCUUUCUCUAUUUUCCCAUUCAUUUUUACCCCAUCCCCUUUGUAUCCUGUCUCAGAAUCCGCGUCUAGCUCACGUUUUCAUUCCACUUCGCUCUUGUGAUUCACUUGUGCAGCCGCUAGUCUUAGUACUUUUUAUUAGUUUGCAUGGCUAUUUCUCCUACCCACUUCAUACACAGUUCAUGUCAUCGCUUUUGUUUUCUGCCUGGUGUCUCUUCUAGUAUAAGCUGUCAUUAUUUAGUCUCCGCUCUUUGGGAGGCGUUUUGUUCUUUUCCUAAAUCGAUUUCCGCGAGUGUCUGUGUUUUUCUCUCCCCCUUUUCGUCUCCCAGCCCUUUGUUGAAACAUACUCAUCGACCCACCGCAGAUCUUUUUGGACAUUUGCAUCCUCUCCCAAUUUUCGUUCACAGCCCACCUUUACCUGCUUUAACCCCUAUUGCAUCACAUGUUUAUUUCAAACUUAGUUCGUUCACUCCCCCACCGUCGCCGUGUGUCAGACUUUACACUUCGGUUUAAAAAAAAAAAAAGAAGCCGCUUAAUUUCUUAACCCUCUUUUGAUCUUUGCUGUUUUUUUUUCUACUCCUAGUCCUCCUUUACUUUUACCCUGCUGCGAAACCUGUCUGUCCCAUACAGACAACCUGCUAAUAAUAUCUUAAGUUCUGUUUCGUUUCUUAGCUCAGUGGUCGCUGUGCUCCUUGGCUACUGACACACACGAGGUGGUCUAGCUGUGUGACCACGAACUUAUUUUUCACUGUGUUUCCGUGCCCAGAUCCCUGAUCAAUGUCCACUGCGACAGCUUACAUUAGACGGGGUUUUUUUUUUCCCUUCACUGCCAUAUGUCCAGCCCCCUGAUCCCUUGUCCAUUGGCUUUUCUUGGUCUAUUUUUUUCACGUCCAGCCCCCUGAUCAAUGCCCACUGCUUUCACUAGACAGCUUUUUUUUUCCCUCUUGUGCCUCUUGUCCGGCCCCCUUGAUCUCUCUGUCCAUUGGCUUCUCCGGGUCUAUUUUUCAUGUCCAGCCCCUAAUGAGUGUCCAUUGGUUUUGUUAUUUCCAUUCCCUCCUCCUACUCUCUGUCUUUGCCCUGCCCAUGUUUUGUAUGUCUGUGUCCAUCCAUCUCCUGACGUUCAAGUUCGCAGGGACGUCACGUCCGCACUUGAACUUGCAGCUCAGGGGGGCUUUUGCCAUUUUUUUUCAUCUCUCUCUCUCUUUUCAAAAAAGCCAUGACGGCUAUCCCACAAUCCAUCUUCCCUGCGCCAUCUUUGUAUUAUUUCUAAUUUAUUUUGGAUGUCAAAGGCAUUGAUGAAGAUAUUUUCUCUGGAGUCUCCUUUCUAACCCGGCUCUCCCGAUGUGAACCGAGCUCAAAGCCACCACCAAGCACCAUGUCUCGCCGUAAGCAAGGCAAACCCCAGCACUUAAGCAAACGGGAAUUUUCGCCCGAACCCCUGGAAGCCAUUCUUACAGAUGAGGAGCAGGAACACAGAGCUUUGGGAGCUCCAGAAGGGGACCAUGACCUCCUUACUUGUGGCCAGUGUCAGAUGAACUUCCCUUUGGGGGAUAUCCUUAUUUUUAUUGAGCACAAAAGGAAGCAGUGCAAUGGCAGCCUCUGCAUGGACAAAGCUGUGGAUAAGCCUCCCUCUCCCUCACAAAGUGAGCUGAAAAGACCAUCGAAUCCUGUAGAGGUUGGCAUCCAGGUCACGCCAGAGGAUGAUGAUUGUUUGUCAACAUCCUCCCGAGGAAUUUGCCCAAAACAGGAAAACCUAACAGGUAAAGAUGAGCCCAGCAGCUAUACUUGCACAACCUGUAAACAGCCAUUCACCAGUGCAUGGUUCCUACUCCAGCAUGCACAGAACACUCAUGGGUUCAGGAUAUACCUGGAAAGCGAGAAUGGCAGCCCCCUCACCCCACGCGUGGGCAUCCCUUCAGGCCUGGGUGCCGAGUGCGCCUCCCAGCCACCACUCCAUGGGAUCCACCUUGCAGACAACAGUCCUUUCAACCUGCUACGGAUACCGGGCUCCGUUUCCUCCCGGGAAGCGCCAAGCAUGCGAGAGGGCCGCUUCCCUCCCACGCCUCCUCUCUUCAGCCCCCCUCCUCGACACCACCUGGAUCCCCAUCGUAUAGAGCACCUGAGCCCCGAGGACAUGGCCCUGGCGACACAUCACCCGAGUGCCUUUGACAGGGUGCUGCGGCUCAAUCCCAUGGCAAUGGAUCCGCCCGUGAUGGAUUUCUCACGGAGGUUGCGGGAGCUGGCCGGGAAUACUUCUGGAUCCACGCCUCCCCUGUCGCCCAAUCGGCCCAGCCCUAUGCAAAGGCUACUGCAACCAUUCCAGCCAGGGGCCAAACCUCCCUUUUUGGCCACCCCUCCUCUCCCAGCCAUGCAGUCUCCUUCGGGUUCUCAGUCAACUCCUAGCCAGCAACAGCAACAACAGCAGACACCCUUAAAGACCAAGUCAUGCGAGUUUUGUGGAAAGACUUUCAAGUUCCAGAGCAACCUAAUAGUUCACCGGCGGAGCCACACAGGAGAAAAACCAUACAAGUGCCACCUAUGCGACCAUGCCUGCACCCAGGCCAGCAAGUUAAAGCGCCACAUGAAGACCCACAUGCACAAGUCCUCACCCAUGACUGUCAAGUCCGACGAUGGUCUUUCCACAGCCAGUUCCCCAGAGCCAGGUACUAGUGAAUUAGUCGGCAGUGCCAGCAGCGCCCUUAAGUCUGUGGUGGCUAAGUUUAAGAGCGAGAACGAUCAUGGGUGCAUGAUCCCCGAGAAUGGGGAUGAGGAGGAGGAGGAGGAGGAGGAGGAAGAGGAGGAGGAGGAGGAAGAGGAGGAAGAAGGGGAGGAGAUGGAGAAUGAUGGGGGCAGGAAUGACUACCACUUUGGCCUCAACCUUGAGGCAGCCCGACACCAUGAAAACAGUGGUGGGCGGCACAUUGGAGGCGGGGAGGAGGGGAUUCCUCGAUCGCUUCCAGAGGUCAUGCAGGGCAUGGGCCUGGCAGCAAGCAUGCAGCACUACAGCGAGGCCUUCCAUCAACACAAGCGCGGAGUGCUGACCUCAGACACCGAGGUCCAGAGGGACAUGUGUGAUGAGGACUCUGUGGCUGGGGAAUCUGAUCGAGUAGACGAUGGCUCUGGGUCCGCCAUUAAUGGCAGGGGGUCCUCUCCGGGUGAAUCGGCCUCAGUGGGCAUGUCCAAAAAGCUGCUGCUGGGUAGUCCCAGCUCCCUAAGCCCUUUCUCGAAACGCAUCAAAAUGGAGAAGGAUUUUGACCUUCCCACCACCAUACCCAACACUGAGAAUGUGUAUUCCCAGUGGCUGGCUGGGUAUGCUGCUUCUAGGCAGCUCAAGGACCCUUUUCUGAACUUCGGAGAUUCCAGACAAUCGCCUUUUGCCUCCUCCUCCGAGCACUCCUCGGAGAAUGGCAGUUUACGCUUCUCCACCCCCCCGGGGGAGAUGGACGGAGGGGUGUCAGGCCGCAGUGGCACAGGGAGUGGAGGGAGCACCCCUCACAUCGGGGGCCCCGGCCGGCCAAGCUCCAAGGACGGCCGCCGAAGUGACACAUGCGAGUACUGUGGCAAAGUCUUCAAAAACUGCAGUAACCUUACGGUCCACCGGAGGAGCCACACAGGGGAAAGGCCGUACAAAUGUGAGCUCUGCAAUUACGCCUGUGCUCAGAGUAGCAAACUCACCAGGCACAUGAAAACUCAUGGCCAAGUGGGAAAGGACGUUUACAAAUGUGAAAUCUGUCAGAUGCCUUUUAGCGUGUACAGUACCCUGGAGAAACACAUGAAAAAAUGGCACAGUGAUCGCGCCUUGAAUAACGAUAUUAAAACUGAAUAGAGAAGUAUUGAUUACCCAUCCGCCCAUAAACGUUCCCUGUAGAUUUCCCUCUUUUGGUAGUCCAGUGGAAGCUAAGAAUAACGUGCUUGUCACCAGCACAUCUUGUUUAGUUUACCGUCAAAUGCAUGAUCUGUAUCGGGGCAAUACUAUUGCAUUUACGCAAACUUCGAGCCUUUCUCUUGUGCAAUAAUUUACAUGUUGUGUAUUUUUUUCUUUUUUGAUUAGACAGCAUGUAUGGUAUGUUUUGGCUAAUUUUGAAAAAAUUGUCCCUGGUUGGUUAGUUGUUGAGUAAAUGUGUUGCUGUUUCCUUGUUACUUUUUAUUUAAGAAAAAAAAAACACCAUGCUGCAUACAUUCUGUAAUACAUAUCAUGUACAGUUUUGUGUUGUAACAUGGAGGAAAACAGUCUAUUGCUUAACCCUCUCUGGACGGGCUGGGAACCGCACUUAAACUAGUCUUUCUAAAAGAUGAUCUGUCCAAAUGGGGUUAAAAAUAUCAAUUGGGUUAUUUACAAUAUAGCAGUGACAGCCUUGAAUUUCUUAAAAAAAAUAAAAAUAGAAAAAUGAAUUAAAAGAAAUUUGAAUUUGUACUAUCAUUUGGUAAAAAAAAAAAUCUGAGUGCCUUGGAUAUAUUGAAACUGCAUUGGUUAAUCUUCCUAUUUGUUAUAAGCUUGGAGUCUCAGCUAGAUACUGGAAGUGGGUCUUUUAGAUCCUAAAUAAGGUUCUUGCAUCAAGCACCUGACUGCUAUGGUCGACUGUGACUACAAAAAAAAAAUUAAAAUAAGCGAAUAAAAUUUCUAGUUAAUCAUCAUUUAGCUACCUAUUACAUGUAUAUCUUUUAAUUAUGACUCUGUUUACUGGCAUGGUACAUGCUAUACUGUGUGGGUUGUUUCUUUUUCUUUUGGUACCAUACACACUGGUACUGUGAGUUGUUAAUUCACAAACUUAAGCUCUUUUUUUACUGUUUUAAUGUUUUUGUAAGUAGCACAAAAAUAAAAUGUAUGUUGCCUGGA